AUGUCGCCAGAAUCUUCCAACCACAGUGGUGCAUUGUCGUUUGCCAAUGUUGCGAAAAUAAACCCACCUACCGACUUGGCUCACCAAAAUAUGCAGCCUAGAGAUCAAAACAUCACGCUAUCAACCCAACCCAUAAGGAUGGCUAGCAAUAUCGGCCACCAGGAUCUGCAGCAUAGAAUCAAAGAUGCACCAAAACAAAUAGACGAGCUCAGCAGGACCGUUCAAGAGCUUAAAUUAGUUCGGGAAAAGGAGGCAUCCUGCGACACGGAUAAUAUUCAAUUCAAGACGCACGAAACAACCUUCGACGAUGACCAUCUGUCUAACUCAUCCACGAAACCAACGAGCUUUGACUCUAAGAGUAUGGCAUCCGUUACGACUUUUGCGAUGGACGAGAAGGAGUCAUUGCGGCCAGAUGACAGUGCGAGCGUCCAGGCUCUCGAGGAAGAUGAGCUUUCCGUAUCAGGGGCGCCUAAUUCCCAAGUCAGCUCAGAAACAGGGGCUCGUCUUAACCAUGUUUGCCAGUUAGCUAUGUCUCAACAGCUUGCAAGCAUGGCGUCAGUCAAUAUUUCACGACUUCACGAUGGGGAAUCGAAAGGCCCGCUUGGUGAAACGCGCAUGACCACCAUAGAUGAACCAUGUCUUCAUGGGUUUCCCGAUGAGCCUGAUGAAAAGUUACUUGAAGCAAUGCGUUCGCCGAAGGAUCGGUUGCUUAUCCUCCAGCUCGAAGAGAAAAUCAUUUCCUUUGUCAAAAGCCCUAGUGAGCAAUCUUUAGAACUUCCCCCGUGUAACGCUUUCGGGCGCCUGCUCGCUCAUAAACUGGGAGACUAUUAUCAUCUAACCCAUUUUGUCGACAACAAUGUUACGUCCGUUCGCCUUCACCGAACUCCUUGGUGCAGACUGCCUACUUCACUAUCAACCCUUUAUGCCGCCAAUGCCAUGAAGACACUUCCACCGACUGUUCCAACUAUGAAAAUUAUGCGACGUGUCGGUCAACAGGGAACGCCUAUAUCUGCAGGGGCCAGCACAGCGCCCAGCUCAUCAGCACCGUCCAAGACUACAUCCGAAGCCGGAGCUGACGGCUCAGUUGAAGAUCCGACGGAGUCGGCAAGUGCUACCCCAGCUAAAGAUCGCCAGGCAUUGACAAGGGAGGAACGCGAAGCAAAAUACCAAGAAGCCCGGGAACGGAUAUUCAAAGAUUUCUCGGAGUCCAAACCCCUGGAAAGCCCUAAUAGUGCUGAACAGAGCGCGAAUGUAUCGCGAUCCAAUUCCAGGGCUGGUCGUAAAAAGAAUAGGCAAAGAACUCCACAUGACGAUAGUUUCGAGGCAAGGUCACAGUAUAGCCCUUACUACGCUGGUAUUCAAUACGCUAGCUCCCAGAUGGCCUCAAAUGGGUCUGGACAUGAUCCUACUAUUGCCCAAAAUAACUACAUGUUGGGACAACCUGUUGGCCUAGGCCUUAGCCAAACCAAUCAACCCGGCACUUUUUACCCAUCCUUUUCAAGCAAUCCGGCGUUUCCCAAUAUGUCUGCGGGCACGAUGCCUCAAAACACCUGGCAAAAUGUACCUAUAUCCGCCCAUCAAUAUCCAAACUUUUACCAGGGAAACCAGGUGCCAAUGAUGCCUCAACAACAAUCGUCCACAAGGUCAUCACCAGGAAUGAAUUUGCACACCCUUCCGGCAGGACUGCAGUAUUCUCAAUCUCCCCCUUGGACACAACCUCUAUAUCAAGCCAAUUAUUCUUCGCCAGCUAUGCAGAGAAAUCCACAAGCAGGCCAUUGGCCGAAUAACGUGACGACUCAUAAUCAGGUCCCAUACCAGUACGGCCAGUCUCAAUCCCAAACCUAUCAACACACGCCUGUCAGCAAUACGCCGCCGCACCCCUUACCAGGCAGCUUUAUGCGAUCAACGUUCAACCCACAAAGCAGAUCAUUUGCCCCUAGCUCCACAUUAUCCCAAUCGAGAUAUUCUGAUGUGGCUAUUGGGUCGUCUCCAAACCAUAACAGCUAUGGCACAGCAUCCUCCCAGUGGGUUGCCUCAUUGCAUGAUAAUUCGAAUCGGUUUCAAAAUAAGAACCCAGGGCCCCAGUUCCACAAACCUCUCAACACUACCUCUUCUGGCCAGGCUUUAAAUGCUAGCCGGCACGAUGACAAUCAAAAUUCAAUUGCGAAAUGGGGCACACCCUCUCAUCUUCCCCCUAAGCCUCCGCCAUCUGAAAUACCCUUUGGCUUUGAUAACAUGUCCCGGGCCUCGACUGUCUCCUCCCAGAACCUUUCUAACAACACACCCAGUCCCCCGAAACCUGCAACUUCAAAAUCCAAUGGCCCUUUGGUUGUGGGAGGUAGUGCGUCUCAAAACUCUCGGUCUAACGGAACCUGGACUGCGUCAUUGUAG